UUUCUCUUUCCCUUCCGCCCCCCCUCCACGACUCUGAACAAUCACGAAGUGAGUAAAACACACAAAAACCACCCACGAAAAGUGUAGAGACCUCCUAUCGCUGGUCAUCGUAAUUGAACAGACCUAAAACGUCGCCGUCCGAAGCAGCACCAACAUAAAUCCCCCACCACAACAUCACAGCAACCUCCUGCGAUAAGCCAAGCAACAGCAAUGGGCAAGCAAGUCAACCUCUACUCCUUCCCCAGCGUCGAUACGCUCGCGACCGCCCUCCGCUCCUACCUAAUCUCGUGCCAGGAGGCCGGCCUCGAGCGACACGGCGUCUUCAAGGUCGGCGUCUCAGGUGGCUCGCUGCCCAAGACGCUCGCGCAAGCGCUGCUGGCCCCGGCCAAGGACGAGUCGGACGAGGUUAAGUGGGAGAGCUGGGAAAUCUUCUUCGCGGACGAGCGCGCGGUCCCUCUCAAUCACGAGGACUCCAACUACGCGCUCCUCAAGAAGGAGCUGCUCGACAAGCUCCCCCAGGGCACCCCGCAACCGACGGUACACACCAUCGAUGAAUCCGUCCUCGACGACACGCAGGAGCUGGCGGACCGGUACGAGCAGACGCUCGUCCGCUCUUUUGCUUCGCGCGACUCGGUCAAGCUGCCCAUCUUCGAUUUGUUGUUGCUGGGCUGCGGGCCCGAUGGACACACCUGCUCCCUCUUCCCCGGACACGAGCUGCUGCGCGAGACCGAGGCCUGGGUCAGCCCCAUCGAGGACUCGCCCAAGCCGCCCCCGCGCCGCAUCACCCUCACCCUCCCCGUUGUGACGCACGCGGUGCGCGUUGCGUUCGUGGCGACGGGCAGCGGCAAGAAGGAGAUCAUGAAGGAUAUCUUUGAGGAGGGCAAGGGGUUGCCGUGCGCCCUGGUGAACGAGGCGACGGGUGAGCGGUGCAGUUGGUUCGUGGACAACGCCGCUGUUGAGGGAGUCAGCUACCCCAAGAGGCCGUUUAGCCUAUAGAACAGGACGUGAUGUCUUGAUUAUUUUUUCUUUUCUUUUCUUUGCGGGUUGGAAGGAAGAAGGGAAGGGAAGAUUGCGAUUCGGCGUAUUGCUCAGGGAAAACCCGGGGAUAUAGAGGUAGACAGGACGGUGAAGGGAAAAAUACUCAAGGAUGAGAAGGAGGGACAGGGAACAGGGUUGAAAAGGAGGAGGAAGAGUGUCACAAGCGGUUUGCGUCACGCCCUACACGACAGGCUAGGACGAAGCGAUCGAUAAGGGAAUAAAAUAAGAUAGAAGAAUACACGAGGAAGGUUUGAAUGGGCGGAAUUGGGGGCCUGAGCGGAACAACCGAUUUUCUUGGUCAACACAUCCCCAAAAGCAUCAAUAGACACUGGGACGGCGGACGCGGAGGUUGGAGUUGAUUUUUGGGAUGAAAUCGGAGUGAUUGGAGUUUUUCAGAUUAUCCCGUACGUAUGUAUGUACAGGUAGCGGCGGGGGCUUUGUCUCUUUGCGAACGACGUUGAUGAUACUGAUCUCAUACGCACAAUGUUAAUCUUCAUUGCGGUAUUCGACAAGGAAAACAGGCUGUUGCGGUGGUGAGAAACGCGGUCUACUGACAGACACUCACUUCCUUCCAUCUACCCAUUCUUCAAACACCUCAUACCAUAACGAAAAAUAUAUCCUACGAUACAGGCU